UUUUUUUUUAUCUUUCAAAAAAAAAACAAUAUUCAUUUACAAUGACAACAAAUCUUCGUAUCGCUUGUGUGAUGGUAGGACUGCCUGCCAGAGGAAAGACUUACAUUGCUCAAAAGGUCUGUCGCUACCUGACAUGGCUAGGAAUCAACACCAAAGUAUUUAAUGUCGGAAACUAUCGUCGUCAACUUCACGGAGCCAACCUCUGCCAUACAUUCUUUGACCCCCAUAAUGAGGUUGGCCAGCAACAACGUAGAGAAGCAGCCGACGCUGCACUGCAUGACAUGAUCCGGUGGUUCAAUGAGGACCAGGGUAUUGUAGCUAUCUAUGAUGCCACAAACAGCACCCACGAACGUCGACAGUGGAUCCACGACAAAUUGGCCAAGGAAGAUACUCAGGUGUUUUUCAUUGAAAGUAUCUGCCAGGAUGAAGAGUUGAUUGUGGCAAAUAUCAAGGACGUCAAGCUUUCUUCACCCGAUUAUGCCAAUGUGGAUCCUGCCCUGGCUGCCGAUGACUUUAAAGCCCGAAUUGAGCAUUACAAAGAGCAAUAUGAAACAAUCACUGAGAAAGACUUUACAUACAUCAAGCUUAUCAACGUCGGCAGUCAGGUUGUUAUUAACCUUGUGAAGGGCUAUCUUGAGUCUCGAAUUGUGUACUAUCUUAUGAAUCUCCACAUUGUGCCUCGAAAAAUCUACAUGAGCCGACACGGUGAGUCUGCUUACAACUUGAGUGGAAAACUCGGAGGUGACUCUUACCUUUCCCCAAGAGGCGAAAUGUAUGCAAUCAAAUUACCGGACCUGAUCAAUGAGCAUCUUGGAAACAAACCCUUGACAGUCUGGACCUCUACCAUGAAGCGUACUAUCCAGACUGCUGAGGGUCUGAUGUACCCCAAGCUGCAGUGGAAGGCUCUUGACGAGCUUGAUGCGGGUGUGUGCGAUGGUAUGACCUAUGAAGAGAUUGAGGAAAAAUAUCCCGAAGACUAUGCCAAUCGAGACGAAGACAAAUUCAACUACCGAUACAGGGGCGGAGAGUCUUAUCGCGAUGUCGUGCUUCGUCUAGAACCUGUCAUUAUGGACCUUGAACGCCAAGAGAACAUUUUGAUUAUUGGACACCAAGCCAUUCUAAGAUGUAUAUACGCAUAUUUUAUGAACCACAGCCAUGAAGACCUUCCCUAUCUCAAGAUUCCAUUACACACAUUAAUUGAACUCACUCCAAAGGCCUAUGGAUGUGAAGAGAAACGCUUCAAAGUGGAUAUUGAGGCUGUAGAUACCCAUCGAGCCAAACCUACAGCUCGGGCCAACUCUAUCCGUAAGAAGCCUGCGGGUGACACGAGUUCCAUAGAGGGAAAGAAGGGUGGUCUUAAGCUUAAACUCCCGCCUGUUGGUGCAAGCGGUGAGAUUAUCAAAGAACCCAUGAGCCCAUUGAUUCCCAUUAGCCCCAAAUUGUUCCCACAGCCAAAAGGAGCCAAAUCUUCUUUGUUGAACAGUCCAAUUGAGCCUGAUAUGAGUACAUUUAAUUUGGAAGACAAAAAUUAAAAACCCUUUCUUUUUUUUUUUAAAAAAAAAAAAAAAAGAAAUCAAAAAACUUAACAAAAUCUACUUAUUAAUAUUAACAAGAAAUUAAUAAAUUAAUAAUUAAUUAAUUAAUAAACAAACAAACAAACAAAAGAGAU